GUUGUUUAUUCAUAUGUGACUACAUCAGGGUGACACAGACACUUUGGCAGCAUUGUCCAUUCAUUAAAUCCACCAAGGUGCAUUGGGAUCAGUCAAGGUUAAAGGUGGAUGCAGACAUGUUUCCAAUAUUAAAAGUCUUCCUGGUGCUGUUUUUUCUUUCUUCCUCUGUAUUUCUUAUUUAUUAUUAAAUAGAACUUUUUUCUUGUUUGAGCUGGGUCGCCAUCUAGUGGCAGCUUGACGCGGUGCCUCACCAUUCUGUCAUUUUCCUGCCUUCUCUCUCCUUCCCUGCCUCGCCUCCCUCCACCCACCACCUGCUCUCAGUCCUCUACCUACCUAACUACUUACCAACCUGUUGUAAUCCUUCGGCUAGAAACUCAAACUUGACGCAUUGGGAAAAAAAUCAUUUCUGGGCGUCAGGACUGAGGUGAAAGUGGCUCCCCGGCGGCUCUUGCGUGUUUCCUCGGUGUGUAAUAUGACACAGUCAGCUGGGCUGGGCCUGAUUCAGCCUCUGUAACAAGCCCAGCCCUUCAGGUCCCAAACCUGGUUGACGGCUGCAUUUCACUCUCGGGUGGGGCUGACGCUUUUUUAUCUCGUAUCCACACCUCAGACGCUCACAUUCAGCUCUGCGCAAAGACGCACGCCAGCACCGGGACGGACUAGAAACUCUGCGCACCUCUCGCCCAGCCGCUCGUCCUUCUCUCUCUUCCGCCGCUCCAAGCACUCAGAUCGUCGGUCAUGUUCCGCUGCGGGAUCGCCUACCCUCGAUGCAGGUGGAUCGUGCCCCUGCUGCUGGUCUUCGCCAUCAUAUUUGACAUUAUCGCCAUCGCCGCCCAGUCGGGAUGGGUCGAGGACGAGGACGCCAAGACUCACUACGCCAGUAUGUGGGACCAGUGCCGAGGCAGGAAUGACAACUGGGAGUGCAAGUCGCUCAUGGAGUACUCUUGGGCCCAGGCCGUCGCUGCUCUCAUGAUCAUUGGCCUAAUCAUCCUCAUCCUCGCCUUCAUCCUCUCCGUUUUGGCUAUGUGCAACCUCAACAUCGGCAUGCUGCCCGUCGUGGGAAUUCUGCUGAUCAUUGUUGUCAUCUUUCAGGUCAUCGCUCUGAUCAUCUACCCCGUCAAAUUCAACGAGCUGAUCUUCGAGGGCAACUACUUCUACACCUGGGCCUACGGCUUUGGCUGGGGCGCCACCAUCCUCUGCCUGGGCUGCGCCAUCCUCUUCUGCUGCCUGCCACGUUAUGAGGACGAGCUGAGCGGCAACGCCAAGGUCAAAUACAUCUAUUCCAGUGCUUAAAGACCAAAAAGAAAGAAAGAAAAAAACCCUGCACACCCCACCCAGUUACAGCCAUUUCCGCUUUUCACUCUCGAGCUGGAUCUGCGCUGGCCGUUGAACAUUUUUACACUGUACCAUUUCACCAAAGAUCCGCGAUGGCUUAGUUCAGAUAAUCCUGGUUCAGCAAUGGGAAGCCCCUCACCGACCAUCCAAAGAGUGAAAGCGAGGAGGGAUUCUAACUGGAGUGGACUGUGAUUGGAUGUUGCUUUAAAGUGUACAAACCUCUAUUUUAGAUUAAGUCGGCAUCUCCAGAAAUGUUUUAUACCAUUUUUUUUUUCUUCUCCUCUCCACAUGAAACAUAUUCCUCAAUUUAACUGUACUUUUUAACUGUAACUCUCAAUGCAAGAUCACCCAAGUGCGCUUAACUUAAAGGAGGUGAUUAGGUGUAAAACAAACUAAACAAAAAACAUAGCUUUCACCUGAUUUAUCUCCUAAAAUCUGGAAUGUUUUUUUGCACAGGCUGGAAGAUAAAUCCAUCGUUUGGUUUUGUCCUGUGUUUUAAAUUAGUUUUUCUUCGUCGUGUGUCUUUUUUUUUCCCAAUAUGUUGUUGUGCAUAAGGUAAGAAGGAAGCAAAGGUUUGGACUCAGAAGCUGAAUGUAAUCUACACAUAUAUAGAACUGUACAUGUAGUUUUAACAGUCGUGUUUGCACCUUUUUACGCGUUUUUCUUAUCUGCUGUUUGUCUCCAGAGUUUUGUAUUCUUAUUAUUACCAAAGGGGGUGUAGCUGUGGGAGUUUGCCGUGCUGUCGUUGGACGUGUUGUGAACGCUGAUAAUAAUUCAUGAGUAGACGUGUGGUGCGACGCUUCAUGUGACACGGAGGAAGAAGAAGAGGUGUUCUUGAAUUGAACGGGAAGCAGAUUUUUUAAGACGAAUUUCCGCUAUGCUUUAACCAUAGUCUUACUCAAAAAUGUUCUUGACUACUCAGUUUUUCCAAUUUGAUCAAAUGAUUUUUUUUUCUUUUUGCAAUAUUCCCUUCCAGAGAAGAGUCGCUCUACAACCUGUAAAUGAAAAUUUUCGAGAUGGUCCAAACUGCCUUGUUUAAUAAAUGAUGUCAAAAUUGUGGUUUAAAGGGAACAAGACAAAUUUAGAAGCUAAUUCUGUGUUUUUUUUCAUGUUUGUCGCCUCAGUGUAGGCGCAUUCAGAGGGAAAGAUAAAUCAUUUUUUAGUCGCAGACAGACAACCAAACAUCUAUUUUCUAGGUUCUGAUGAUGCCAGUUUGGCUAACCCUGUGUUGGCUGGUUGAGAUUCUGAGGCCAAGUUGUACAAUCGUCGGACUCGCUGUGUGUAAAACCUGUGCCUUAGCUUCUUCUUCUUCUUCUGUUAUUGAAACCUCGAAUGUUCAAUCCAACUGGUCAGUCUGGUUUUACUGACUAAUUCUGUUCAUGCCCAAACAAGAUCAAAUCACUUUUUCUUUAAUUAAAAGGAAAGACUUUUAAAAGAGAAAUUUGCAACUGGAGGAUGAUAAAAGAGAAGCGACAGCUGAUUUUUGAUACGUGGCCAUAAUCCAACUUAAUGAUCUGACCUGGAUUCUUUUACGCUGUUUACGCAGCAAAUGUCUGCUUAAAAAGCUCCUUUGGUUUUAUAAUUUUAACUGGUAAUCUGUCCGGAAACGGGCAGUUUUACACUUGAAGACACUAAACUGCAUGUCCCGGAGGUCGAGGUGAAAACAUGCUUUUACUUGUGGGAAUGAGUCUGUUUUCAACGCCAGCAUUUUAAAUCAUUACUGUACUAUAGGGAAUGUCUCAUUGGAAAUUCCAGCUGGUUUUUCUGCUGUAGUAUGAAUUAUUUUUUGUAGUCUGUGUAUUUUUAUGCAAUAAAGAGUUUCUUUUAUUUGAA